UCGACUCGGGUCGGAAGGUAAAUUCUACGGUUCGUGCCACAUUCGCAUCAUUGCUAUGAUUGGGGAUUACAAAUAGGAAUUUCCGCAGGACAAGAGGAUAUCGUGUGACCUAGAAGAAACAAUCACUGUGUUGUGGACCAUCGGUCACAACUUUUUUUAUCCUUGUUGUCACAACGUAACUUGAAUGUGCAUCUCUUGCUGCGGAUACAAUUGACGCUGAAAGUAUUAAAGGCAGGGCCAUUCUAAUAAGCUACGUAUCUAUCCUGUCCAUCAUGGGGCCUGAUAUCGACUUUCCAUUCAGCGACCUUCCUAUCGAGAUUAUCUUGACCAUCUGCAAAGACGCAGCCCAGCCGACGUUUUCUCAAAGGGAGAAAUAUGACAUCAAAAAUCCUUACUCGACCGCCCUCUCCUUAUGUCUCGUCUCUCGACUUGUCAGACGCAUCAUCCUCCCCGAUUUCCUGCACACGAUCUUGCUCCGCCGACAUCACAGCUUGAAGAAGUUCGCAAAUGCCCUGCUUAUGCAGAAAGCGUACGCUGAGAAAGAAAGCGAUUUUUUCUUUGACUAUACCUCCGCUAUACAGAGGAUGUGGAUUAGUAACGCAUUUGACUAUUUCGUCUAUGCAGAACCCCGCCCGCCGAACAACGCCAGGUUUAUCCUUUUUAUGGCCCAUUUUUUUUCCUCAAAAACAGACGAGCUCAGGCGCAACAUAAGCGUGUUGCUUCCAGUGAUCCUUGCUGCGACAGAACUUGCUGUUGACCGUCGCCAUUUAAGGCUUGUCAUGAGGAGCGUGCAAGACGCGUGGUCUUCUCGCACAGAUCUCAAUGUCGGCGGACACUCUUCUUUUCCUGGGAAAACCAAAAAUCUAACAAUAAUACGUGAAGGCGAUGACUUGGACACCUGGACAGGCCAGAACCCGGACUUUUUUUCCGAUGAGAUCAAAGAAUCUGUUUUCCUUGCAUCAAUCCCGCAUCUCACUCAUCUAAUCGAUUUGGCUGAGGAAUCAAACACUUUUCGCGGCAUCAGCCAUGGUGUACACUCGCCAGGAAACUCGCUGUUUUUUUGGAGGAAGGACACUACGUGGGCUUAUAUGAAGAGCCUUGAAACCCUUUCAGUGGUCUACCCGCAUCUGCCUCCCCUCCACGAUUUGAAGUCAAUUUCAUAUGCUGCAUAUGCCACAAGGGGAAUAGACUUGCAUGUGGAGCGACUCACGGUAUCUGCUGCCCUUUACAAGCAGGAUCCUGACUCCUUCCCGUGGGGGCCACCGUGGUUUCCUGUGACGGAUCCUGGAAAUAAGAGGAUACAAUCGGAUGGCGUUUCCUUCGAGGUUACGCGUGAUAAGACCUACUGUUCACAGUAUUUUUGCUCUUGGGAGAAAGCUUGGGCCUGUGGGUUAACCGACGGAUGAGGGGUACUGGAUGUUAGGCUGAUGAUGAUAAAGGCUUUGAAAUGACUAUCUUGGAUAUGUGCCCGCUUGCCAUCUGUUUUCUGUCUUACUGUACUUCUAUUGUAGACUUCUCAAGCUCAAUGGAUAGGAUGGAGACUGUACG